AUGGCCGCUCCGAUUCGAUCCACUAUAAGCCGCUCUGGCCGGCCUUGUGUUGCCUCUAUUCGCAACCUUUCCAACGCUCUUGCAACAAAGGCUCAGGUUAAAUCCAUAAAUCCUCGCGAGCCAAACACUUCUUCAGCGACUUCCGAUGCUAGCCAACUAAGGCGAGGAGCCUUGUCAAGGACAUAUUUCGAUGCGACAGGCGUCCGGUGGGUUGGAUCUCACGAUGACGGACCAAAGGACCCCAAUAAGGCAAAGCUAGGUAAAACUUUGCGAGUUCUUCAAGAAAGAUUACCGACUCUACUACUACAUCCUCUGCCUCACGACAUCCUUGCGCCCAACAUCGCCCUUCAUCUCUUCCCUUCGACACAUCCUCACCUGCCAACUGUCUCCGGCCGAGUCGCCUACAAUGCCGCUCUCUGGACCUCGCCGCUUGCCUGGAACCGUGUUCCCAUCCUCGGCAACGUCUGUAUCGAGGUUCUUGCAGAGCGCAUGACGAUCGAACCCCUCACUUUCUUACCCCGCCGUGCCGGAGCUAUACCAGAGCAGCUUGUUGUCCGUUGGUGCGAGAAGCGAAAGGGCACUGUCAGUCCUUCGAGCCUUGGCGUUAUUGGACGCUCGCUGCCGUUUGGUCGAGGAGUCGACCCAGACAAGGCCUUUACAGGACUAUUCGUCUUCGAUUUCGAUUCCGAGGGACGAAUUCUGAGCCACACGAUCGAACAGUCGCAAGCGGGUGGCGAUUGGGAAGCUGGUGUUGGCGCAAAGGUUGUUGGCCUAACCGACUGGCUUCUUGGGGGUUGUAAGGACCCUGGUACUCCCAUACCAAUGUUUGAACGAGUACAAAGACGACGGUCCAAUUAA